AUGGACGAUCCCCAAGAAAGGCUCGACGCCUCUUUGCGGGAUUUCGAGACUCCAGCAAGCCCGACAUCUACGACGAGGAACUCAUCUAUUCUCCCCAGCGAACCGGCGAUAGAGGACGAUCUCCUAGCGGACCUGGACGUCGCGUCCGUCGGCUCUUAUUCCCCUCCAGCGUGGCGGAGACUCGCCAACGGUAGUCGGAGCCACGGAUUCUGGAGGCCGCCGUCGCAUGAUGCGCUCAGCGCAAUGUCGCCGAUGCGCCUGGCCAUGCGCAACACCCCCUACAGCGAGCGCGACGAUGACGACGACACCGACGACGAUCUAGACCUCGAGGACAACCAAAACGACAUUUUGCAGCGGGCGAUUCGCACAAGGCUUCCCACCGGCAGCAUGAGCCCGGACAAGGUGAGGAGUCGCAGCCCAGAUGGAAAUCGCAGCAACACCUUGCGCUUCGAGGCACCAACCCCGCCCGUCCUGGAGAGGAUACUGGAGUCGCCGCCGCCGACAGAUAACUAUAUCCGUUUCGCUGUGCGCGCCGAGGUUCAGCAGCGUACCGAACCAAUUGAAACCGCCAUUGCCUUCAUCCGUAAACGCUACUCCGCUCUCACCGCAUCAUGGACGACCACCCUAUUCAGCGUUCUGUUGGCCCUCUGUGGCGUCUCGCUCUUCAAGACGCUCAUCCAAGAGCCUGCGCCGCGGCCCGUCGGCGAUCUCGUCAAGGUCGCAGGCAUCGCGCGCUCCUUUGAGCCGCUCAUAUACUAUUCGGAGCAUGCCAUCACGCAGGUGCAUGACUUGCAGGCUACAAGCGUGGCUGUCUGGGACCUCGGAGAGACAGUGCGAACCAGCGGCAUGCGUGACGCUUCGCUCAUCGUCGCCGAUCUGGAUGCUCUAAGCAGCUCAAUGAAGACGCUUGCCACCGAGAUGACCAAGUUUUUCGCCGUUGUUGACGGCGAUAUUGACGGCAUCCUCAAUGUCAUGGAUUGGGCCAAGAUGCAUCUCAACCGCCUCCAGAGCGCUCCCUCUCCUUCCUCCCUCUCCUCCGCGUACGAUAAUAUCCACAAUAUGCUUUCUGAGGCCCAUGUCCUCGAAGACGCCUCUGGCGCUCCUACGCCGCUCGGCACGAUUACUACGUACGUCUUUGGACUAAGCAACCCGCAGCGCGAGCAACGAAUGGUCCAGCUACUGUUCAACGAAUUCCUAUCGAUCCUCGAGGAAAGUGUUCGAGAGGAGCUUCGCUAUAGCAUGAACCUCUACGGCCUUUUCAACAGCAUCGACCAGCACUUUCUCAACCUGGCGCGAACCGUCGCACGCGAGACGUCCGCCCAAGAAGAACUCCACAGCGAUAUGCUGGCCAGCCUCUGGGUGCGCAUCCUCGGGACGCGCGCCGCCGAGCUGCGCAAGUUUGAGCAGAACCGCAUCCUGCUGCGCGACGUGAGGGAGAAGACGGUGCGCAACAAGGGCAUCCUGGUCAACCACCACAGCAAGCUGCUGUCCUUGCAGACCUCGCUCGAGGGCCUGCGCACCAAGCUCAUCUCCCCGCUCGUGCGUGGCGCCAAUGCCACCAUCUUGACGCUCGAGGACCAGAUUGACAGCUUGUCGGGUGUGAGGGACCAUCUCUCCGAGAUUCGACGCCAGCAGAAGGGCAAGGUUAUGGAGACGCUUUACGCCAGCGUGCCGAGUAAGCAAUUGCCACAAAGAAAUCUAGCGCUUGACGAUGGCAGGAGUGGUGUCUUUAGAGAGUCAUGAUCUUUUCCUUCGUUGCUCUCCAUCUCUCGUGUUUUCUGCUAGACAAAGGCGUGCUUCCGCAAUUUCUUGCUCCCUUGUAUUCUCCUGGUUGGUUCCCUUUGUUCCAAAAGGCGUCAAAUCAUUCUACUCGGGGAUAAACAAAAACAGUUGGUCCUGGUUGUUAUCAUCCUUUUCUACCUUUUUUUUUUCUCUCUCCAUUAUCAAGGCGCAAAACAAAUGUCUUUUUUUUUUUUUUUGGCCCACUGCCAAAGAGAAGAGAAACCAGCGUGUGUUAUUCAAACCGGAAUUUUGAUUUGAUAUUUCAACUUUAAUUGCUUUUAUUCUCUUUUGGUUACUGCUUCUUUAUCGGUUUAAUGGCACAAAUGCAUGGUCAAAGGAGAGAAGGGGGAAAAAAGGCUUUUUGAACCAAAGUUGGAAAGAAAAGAAAAGGGCUACUUGGCGGCGCUUGCAAAUUUGAAUUUGUCGGAACGGUAAGAUACUAUCUGUCCUUUUUUUUCUUUUCUUGUUUCUGUUUUUUUUUUUUCUCCCAUUGGGAAUAAGGGGGGAUGUGAGGACAUUACGAUACCUAGUGAAAAAAGCUUUGAGAAAACAGCUACGGAUCCGAGUUUUUUUUUUUACAUGGAUAUUGGGUUCUCUCUUCCCUCCCCUUUUCUACCUACGUA